AGUCUCUCAAGCCCUACUGCCCUGACUGUGGCAGAAGAAAUAAACUGGCUUAUUCUAUCCUGAUCCUGAGCCAUGAAUAAGACACACCUGGUUCUUCCAGCCUCCAACCUCGAUUGCAGUCCAACCGCCACCUGGAGAAACACUCAGAACAAGUGGGGCUGGGGCAGCUUUAUGGUGUCGGCCUGUCUCCCUCCUUACCCCACUACACUGUGGAGGGGACAGAACCAGGGUCCUCAGGACCCGCUCCUGGACGGCUCCAGGGGUGUCAGGGAAGUGCUGCACAUGCCCUCGCUGGCCCUGGCUCCUCCUGGUCCCACCUGUGAACACUCCACACAUGCAUUUUGUUCAAUGCCUGUCCCACAGCCAUCCCUCCCCCACAUGGGGUCCUAUGCCAAUAAGCCUUUCCCUCAGAUACCCAAAGCCCCAAGAAUGAUGGCGUCCCUUGGGCCAGGUACAGGCAUCUGGAGGAGAGAGUCAGAGAACAGAAACCUCCUGGCUUCCAGACAAUUCCCCUCCAGGCUUUGGGCCUGGAAUUGAGGAGAAAGUGAGCUAAGUGGGGGUGGGGCCAGGCUAAGUUGCUCUGGUCUGGGCUGAUCCCUCCCCAGCUGGGGGCGGGACCCCAGAAGGAGGGAGAGGGCUGAGCCAUUGGAGAGGACCAGACACUGGAAAAGCGACAUGGCAGGAGCCAGUCUUGGGGCCCGCUUGUACCGGCAGAUCAAAAGACAUCCGGGGCUCAUCCCGAUGAUCGGCUUCAUCUGCCUGGGCAUGGGCAGCGCUGGGCUCUACUUGCUUCGACUUGCCCUGAAAAGCCCCGAUGUCUGCUGGGACAGAAAGAACAACCCGGAGCCCUGGAACCGUCUGAGCCCCAAUGACCAAUACAAGUUCUUCGCAGUUACCACUGACUAUAAGAACCUGAAGAAGGACCGGCCAGACUUCUAAGCCAGGCUGGGCAGCCAGUGCCAUGCAAACCACGGACAGCUAGCCCACCCACUUCUAUUCCUCCCCCAGACCCCUCCCAACAAACAUCAAGGCGUCGGUCCGGCCACCCUGUCCUGUCCGGCUCCUGGUUACACAGGCCGGGUUCCCACGAAGAGGGGAGGCUGCUCCACCCCUACUCUCCUCCCCGACUCCCAGCAGCCGGAAGCACCUCUGACCCUCCGCUUUAGUCCCACAUGGGGGAGGGGGACGAAGGCAGCGCCAGGAGGGGUCGACGAAAAAAACCCAAGCCAGCCCCUCUGCGGUCCUAUGGGGCCUCGAAGGGUGUGGCACAGGCUACGUGUUGAGCGUGGUCUACGUGAGCCAACAACAAGCAGGGGCCUCUGAGUGCCAAGCGACGUGGCGAGGUCCGCGUUAGCUCAGGCUCUGGGAGCCAGCCCAGGGGCGGCGCUGCCCAGCUUGGGCUGGUCCAGGGCCUGCCCAGGCUGAGGCACCUUUGUCUCCUGAGGCAAAGCACACUCCUCCCCUGCCCAAGCCUCCCACCAACAUAUAGUACCCCCUCUAGCCCCACACCUGGGCCUCCCCCUGCCGUUCCCCUCCCUUGCUCCCUUCUGUCCCCAGGGAUCAAACAGAAGCAGCCGUGGGCAAAAUACAAUUUCAUUUAACAAAUUGAA